CACGUAACCCUCCCUGUUCGAGUAUGUGCAAUCCUCACUACACGCGACCGAUUACCCAACGAUCAAGCGAGGCAUUGUGAAAGUGUGCUCUCACGAUGCUAAUGUCUGUCCUGCGACUUCGCCUCUUGUCUUACGAAGCCAUACCCUGAGUGAUUGCAAGCGUCCAUCACGUCCGUUACAAACAGCUCUGAACACCCUGAUCCGACUCCAAUGAUUCGCAACAAAUCAUCUUCUGCUAUGCAGAAGACCUAUGACGACUGCUACUUAAUAUGUUCAACAGCUGUAUACUUCGAAAGCCAGAACAACGAAGCGGAGGCCUUACGUUCGUGGAGGAGCGCCCUUGAUCAGAUAUACUACCACAAUGCGUACAAAAUACCCUCUAAUUAUCAGCCGCGAUCCGAAACUGAAAAGGCCCUACGAGACUCCUUGCAUCAGUUAGAGCUACAGUGCAAAGAAAGAGUUGACCUGUUGGAGGCUCUAAAACAAAGUCGAGAGGACAAAGGAGGCGGAACAGAAUCACAGAAUACCGUCGGCUGUUUCCCAGCGCCAGCUUUACCUGAUAGUUCGCGUCGAUCAGACCACUCUGAUCAAGUUCAGAGAGGGUGGUUAGGAGGCGGAACUGUACCACCAAUGACUUAUCCUGAUCUAUCGAGGCCUCCACUUCCAAAAAGGCCUUCUGUCGCGCCCAGGCAAGUGUCAGGAGCAUCGCUGAACGGUGGAGCGGGACCUUUCAGCAACUCCCACGCUGCUAACGCGCCCCCGUUGCUGACUGCCACGACCUCCAAAUCAGGUACAGACCAGAGACCUUCUAGAACCCCCAGCCCUGAGAAGAGAGGAAAGAUGCUCAGGACCCUCAGGCCUAGUAAAGAUGGUUCACGUCCACCGCCGACCCUAGUAAGCACGCUGCGUAGCAAACCGCCUGCUGCCUCCUCGAAGGCCGCAACACAAGCCUGGGGACCCACACAACCACCACCCCCUCUACUCAGCCGUGCCUCGGAAUCUGCAAAUAGUUCAACAGCCCGUCUUGGCCCCACUCGAUCGUCCCUAUCUGAUGUAGAAAGAUCAAGGGCUAACGGCAAUAUGCCAAGUCAGGGUUCUCGACAGUCGAGUGGCUACUCCCUGCGUCCAAGUAUGGGGCUGAAAUUACCGGAAAUCCCUCCCACGCGAGACAGAUCGACUGAUACCCAUGAUCGCCGCGAUAGGACAUUACAGGCUAGUCUACCUCCUGCUAUCGUCAGCCACCCACGUGGCGUCUUGGGUUUACAGCGAUCGUCGAAUCCCGGCCUAUCGAAGCCAGUCAGAAAAGAAGUCCAGCCUCUGUCUUAUCGAAAGGAGUAUCCGAAGCCAGUGCUUAGACCAGAUGUCGAGCAUGCCACCAAGUCUACGAUGGAUACUUCUCAACCUUCGGAGCCAAAUGUCUCCUCGCCUAUUGGCAAGGGGCGACGAAAAGCCGUACCCCCACUUGGAUCAUAUCCUAGGAGAGGGCCACGCAAUCCAUCUGAAGACUCUGUCAGCAGUCUAGACAUGUCCGGUAAACUGGAGACUAUUGCCAUAGGAAACCAUUCGCAAAGUAGAUGUUCAGUAUCGUCAUCAGACGACCGUGACAUGUCUACAGAAGAAACAGCCGCUGAAUCUGCAAAAUGGCAGGCUGAGACUGAGCGAAUACUGAAAACCUUACCUAGGGGUAUUGACGAAGCUGCAGCUAAGCAGAUCCUUAAUGAGAUCGUCAUACAAGGUGAUGAGGUGCAUUGGGACGAUGUUGCUGGGCUGGACAUCGCUAAGGCAGCACUGAAGGAAACUGUAGUAUAUCCAUUCUUGCGACCUGACUUGUUCAUGGGUCUUCGGGAACCCGCCCGUGGCAUGCUUCUGUUCGGUCCACCUGGGACUGGUAAGACGAUGCUCGCGCGUGCGGUUGCGACCGAGUCCAGAUCGACAUUUUUUGCAAUAUCCGCUAGCAGUCUGACCAGCAAAUUUUUAGGCGAGUCUGAGAAGCUCGUUCGAGCCCUCUUCGCAUUAGCAAAAGCCAUCGCCCCAUCGAUCAUCUUCGUCGAUGAGAUUGAUUCGCUCCUGUCCUCGAGAUCGGGUUCAAGCGAGCACGAGGCAACCAGACGCAUCAAGACCGAGUUUUUGAUAGCGUGGUCAGAUCUCGCCAAAGCCGCCGCAGGUAGGGAGCAGACAGAAAAGGAGAAAGAACGCGGAGACGCAAGCAGGGUACUUGUGUUAGCCGCCACUAAUCUCCCAUGGGAUAUCGACGAGGCAGCAAGAAGGCGCUUUGUUCGAAGGCAGUACAUUCCUCUGCCUGAAGGACACGUACGAAGAACACAGCUGGAGACGCUACUCAGCCAUCAGAAACAUGGGUUGUCGCCUGAUGACCUGGAUGAGCUGAUAGACCUAACAGAGGGGUUCUCCGGUUCUGACAUAACUGCGCUCGCGAAAGACGCUGCGAUGGGUCCGCUUCGAAGCUUAGGCGAGAAGCUCUUACAUAUGACGAUGGAUGAAAUAAGGCCCAUUCAAAUACAGGAUUUCAAGGCUAGUCUUGUUACGAUACGACCUAGUGUUAGUAAGCAGGGUCUAAAGGAAUUUGAGGACUGGGCAAAGGAAUUUGGAGAGCGGGGCGGCUGAAGUAUGAUGAGUACACUAUAAUGAUAUUUGUUAGAGACAAGUAUAGAUAGGUCUACGAAGAUAUACUUCAGGCGCUUUCAUUCGCUGUCCUCUGGCUACGAAUCUUCCUAUUGAUCAAUGACUUUGAGGCAACCUAGGAACGCUCUCUAUAUCUAUAUACUUAUUGGAAUUUAAGUCUAGGCUAGCCCUAAUUUGAUCUCAAUUAUAUUUAAAACUUCUAGUAAAAGAUAUCCUUAUCUAAAGCUAAACAUAAUG